CGCUGAACAGAUGUUCCUUAAACCCCCCCCUCUUCGUCUCUUUCCCUCCAUUCCAAAACCAAAACCCUUCCUCUCUCUCGCAGUCGAAGCCCUUCCCUCUUUCUCUUCUUCUUCUUCUUCUCUCCAAUUUGAGUCCUUUCUUUCAGUCCCGUCUAGCCUACCUGUGAACAACAGCCGCUGCUUCCCCUUUCUAUGCUCUGCAGAUGGAGAACUCCCCUCCGUCUUCUCUUCUUCAAAUCCCCAAUUCUCGCAUCUCUUUCUUCCUUCGCCUUCCCCAAGCCUUCCGUCUCCACCGCCUCCGCCUGUGCCCUCGACGAACCCGCUCUUGCUUUUGCCGCCGGUUCCGUUGCCCUGCCGGACUCUGGAGACUGCAUCGUUCAAGAGAUUGUUCGCGGAGUUAGUUGCUUGGGUUUCUCGAGUUUCGUUUCUGCACGCGAGUUUAGAAGCCUGAUAGCUAUGCUGACCCCGGACCAGGUUGAUUCGGUGAUUAGGGAUUUGAGUAACCAGAAUGGGGAUUCCGCGGUCGAUUUCUUUCAUUUGCUGAGGAAGGAGUUUGGGUUCCGGCACUCGAAUGUUUCAGCCCUCAUCGUUUCCCAUGUUUUAGCGGGAAUGAGACGGUUCGACGAGCUGAGGAAGGUUGUCGACCAAUUGCUGCUAGAUGAAGGCUCUGGCUCGGCUCCUUCAAUUUGCGAGCUGCUCUCCAGUAGUUUUAGGUCUUGGAACUCAACUGAUCAUGUAUGGGAUAUGUUGGCUUUUGCUUAUUCAAGAUUUGAGAUGGUUCACGAUGCACUCUUUGUUAUAGUGAAGAUGAAAGAUUUGAACUUGCGGGCUUCUGUACAAACUUACAAUAGUCUGAUGUACAAUUUGAGGCAUACGGAUUCCUUGUGGGAUGUAUAUAACGACAUCAAAGCUAGUGGUUGCCGUCCGAAUGAACACUCUGGUUCCAUUGUUGUCGAUGGCCUAUGCAGGCAGUCUAGGCUAACUCAGGCAGUUUCAUUUAUACGUGAUAUCGAGAGCAAGGAACUUGGGCCUUCGGUAGUUUCAAUCAAUACCGUUAUGUCAAGGUAUUGUAAUUCGGGUUUUGUAGAAGUUGCAAAAUCAUUCUUCUGUAUGAUGCUGAAGUACGGAUUACUGCCUGAUGCAUAUAGUUAUAAUAUUCUUAUUCAUGGAUUGUGUAUAGCUGGUUCCAUGGAGGAAGCUUUAGAGGUUGCAAGUUGGAUGGAGAUUCAAGGUGUACAGCCUGAUAUGGUAACCUAUAACACCCUAGCUAAAGGGUUUCAUCUACUUGGUUUGAUGAGUGGUGCUACCAAGAUGAUUGAGGAUAUGCUACUUAAAGAGAGAAAUCCAGAGAGUGUUGCCUACACGAUACUGAUCUAUGGGCAUUGCCAGGCUGGAAACAUUUCCGAAGCAUUGAAGCUGCUUGAGGAGAUGCUUUCUCAGGGUCUUCAACUGAGCGUCCUCGCAGUGAGUGUAUUGCUCAGUAGCUUGUGCAAGGUUGGAGAAGUCGAUAAUGCAUUGACGUUGUUAUCACAAAUGGAAGGUAAUGGGUUGCAACCAGAUCUCGUAACAUAUUCGGUUCUUGUUCAUGGUCUCUGUAAGCAAGGAGAGGUGCGUCAGGCUAUCAGAUUGUACAAUAAGAUGUGUUUCAGUAGAUUAUUUCCAAGCUCUUUGGAACAGUGUGCAAUUUUGAGGAGUUUCAGGGAUAAGGGCAUGAUACAUGAAGCACGAGCAUACUUCGAUUCUUUGCUUGACAAUGGCUUUAAAUUGGACGUUGUUUUGUACAAUAUCAUGAUUGAUGCGUAUGGAAAACUUGGAAACGUCGAGGAGGCUAUGCAGUUGUUCGGACAAUUAACAGGGAAGGGAAUAUUCCCCAGCAUAGUGACCUUCAAUUCUUUAAUCUAUGGGCUUUCUGCAAAUGGAAUGAUCGAGCAGGCGACUGGUUUGUUGCGGACAAUCAAGCUGCAUGGAUUGAUACCAAAUGCAAUAACUUACACGACUCUCAUGGAUGCAUAUGCUGAAGCUGGAAAUUCAGUGUACGUGCUAACACUGCUGCAGGAGAUGAAGAAGAACAAUGUGGAUCCAUGCCACAUUACUUACAGCGUGUUGAUAAAAGCACUUUGCAAAGAAUGGAAGUUGCAAGAAGCUCUCAAUUAUGUGAGGGAGAUGCAAGUGGUAGGGUUAACACCUGACGCAAUCACAUAUAAUACGAUCAUCCAACAACUCUGCAAAGCGAAGGACUUGAGAAAUGCAUUCAAGUUGCAUGAUGAGAUGCUGAGCCAUCAUCACCUUGAGCCCACAGCUGCUACUUACAAUGUUCUUAUCGAUGGCCUUUGUGUAUGUGGUGAUAUAAGAGAUGCUGAUAUGCUGCUGGUUUAUCUUCAGCAGCACAACAGUAUUAAGUUAUCCAAAGUUGCUUACGCCACACUUAUUAAAGCGUAUUGUGUAAAGGGUGAUGUUCAAAGGGCGGUGGUAUUGUUUCAUCAGAUGGUGGAAAAUGGUUUUGAAGUUUCAAUUCAAGACUAUAGUUCAGUCGUCAAUCGAUUAUGUAGAAGGAAGUUAGUAGUUGAAGCCAAAUACUUUUUCCGGAUGAUGUUGUGUAAUGGUGUUUCUCCUGACUGGGAUAUUUGUAAUGUGAUUAUUACCACUAUUCCCAGCAGCAGCAGCCAGUUGAUUUCGAUGGCUGAUCUAGGUGCUGUUAUGGUCAAGUUUGGCUGCAUCAUUUCCCCUUCUGAAUAGUAGCCAAGGUUUUAUUUCUUGAUUAAUUGAAAUACAACAAUCAAGCAAUAUAACAUUGUUUAU